AUGUUCCAAGCUACCUUCACCAAGAUCCACGAGGCCCACAGGCCUUCCGACAUCAUUGGCCACACUAGCCUGAAGAAGGCCCUCCACCAUGUGGACAUCCCAACCAAGAAGGCCACCUUCGCCAUGGCCUGCUUCUGGGCUCCUGAUGCACUCUACGGUUCCACUGUUGGUGUGAUCAGGACCAGGGUGGGAUACUCAGGCGGUACCAAAGUCAACCCCACCUACAGGGAUCUCGGGGAUCACACAGAAGUGAUUGAAAUAGAUUACGACCCAAACAUGAUUGAUUUUGAAACCUUGCUUAAGUUAUUCUGGGAUAACCAUGAUCCGACAGCUAAAGCCAAAAUCCAGUACUCCUCCUUCAUUUUCUACCACGACGACGAGCAGAAGGAAGUCGCAGAGAAAUCCAUCGCCGAACAACAAGCCAAUUUCCAGAAACCCAUCCUUACCAAGGCCAGGCCCGUACAGAAAUUCUAUGAUGCUGAAGAUUAUCACCAGAAGUACAGGCUUCAACAGCAUCCUUGGCUUUGUGAACUUUUGGGGGUCAAAGGAGAUUUACUCAAAAAUAGCUAUGUCGCUGCCAGGUUGAAUGGUUAUGUUAUCGGCUGCGGUGGAAUCACUCAAUAUGAACAAGAGCUACCGAUCCUAGGGCUUGACGAAGCGGUUGGGGAUUAUGUCAGGAAAUUGGUCACCAAGUAUGAAGGCCAAGGGCUGAUCUGCUGA